UGUUACACACCAUGAUUGCUCGUUAGUUAUCUUUCGUUAUCUUAUAAUAAUUGUCGGACCUAGCAUUAUGAUCAUCAUCAAGGUCCUGUAGUCCAGCUCAAGAAAACCAUUUCUCCUCCACCAUGGGUGCUUUAUCUCUCUCUUCUAUAUGCCACCUACUAGUUCUGAUUCUUUUAUCUAUAUUUUCAACUGGGUACCACUCUCUCAAACCUGCCGAUUCUAUUAAUAAUGGUUUCUCAAUCGAAGAAGCCACCGUAGACGAUAUCCAACUCGCUUUCAGGCACAACAAACUCACCUCCAGGCAGCUCGUACAGUUCUAUAUAGACCGUAUCCAACGGUUGAAUCCAGUUCUACAUGGGGUCAUAGAAGUGAAUCCAGAUGCUGGUGCUCUAGCCGAUAAGGCUGACCACGAGAGAAAGGUCAAGGCUCCAAUAUCGUUCUCUAAGCUCCAUGGAAUACCUGUUCUGGUUAAGGAUAAUAUAGCCACCAAGGACAAGAUGAACACCACUGCUGGCUCACUGGCGUUGCUUGGCUCAGUCGUGCCGCGAGACGCCGGAGUGGUGGCCAAGCUCAAGAAAGCUGGGGCUAUCAUACUGGGAAAGGCCAGCUUGACCGAGUGGUCUGCUUUUAGAGGCAAUGCACCUGAUGGUUGGAGCGCCAGAGGGGGCCAAGGGGUGAACCCUUAUUACAAAAUGGGAUUCAGAAGUCCUUGUGGAUCGAGCAGUGGGUCAUCAAUAUCAGCAGCUGCAAAUUUGGCAACGGUUACAUUAGGAACAGAGACAGCUGGUUCUAUUAUAUGUCCAUCCAGCUUAAACUCAGUGGUGGGCAUCAAACCAACUAUUGGUCUCACUAGCCGAGCAGGGGUUGUUCCCAUCUCUCACAGACAAGAUACAGUUGGACCAAUUUGUAGGACAGUCUCAGAUGCCACUUAUGUUCUUGAUGUCAUUGCUGGUGUUGAUAAGAAUGACAAAACAACAAUAGAGAAAUCCAAGUAUAUUCCGAAAGGUGGCUAUGCACAAUUUCUUAGAUCAAAUGGACUCAAAGGAAAGAGACUUGGGAUUGUAAGACAUCCCUACUUUGAAUUCAACAUUUCUAAAGAGAUUGACACAUUUCUGCAUAAUACUUUUGAGCAACAUCUCAACACACUAAGGAAAAAUGGCGCAAUUGUGAUAGAUAAUUUGAACAUAACAAAUAUUGACGAAAUCAUGAAUGAUGUAUCGAGUGAAAAUACUGCAUUGAUUGCUGAGUUCAAGAUAGAUUUAAAUGCAUACCUAAAAGAGCUCGUGUCAUCGCCAGUGCGGUCCAUAGCCGACGUCAUAGCCUUCAACAAGAAAAACUCCAAGUUGGAAAAAAUUAAGGAAUAUGGGCAAGAGUUACUUAUAGCAGCCGAAGCAACAAAUGGAAUAAGAAAGGCAGAGAAGGCUGCAUUGGCCACUUUAGCAAGACAAACAAGAAAUGGUUUUGUGAAGUUGAUGAGAGAGUACAAGCUAGAUGCAUUGGUGGCUUCUGGUGGAUCUGCUUUCCCUUACGAAAAUGUCGAUAAAAUCUUGGCUAUUGGUGGAUUCCCUGGGAUUACUGUGCCGGCAGGCUAUGGUAAACGGGAGCCAUUUGGCAUUUUCUUAGGGGGACUGAGAGGCUCUGAACCAAAAUUGAUUGAAAUCGCAUAUGGGUUUGAGCAAGCCACUAAAAUUAGAAAGCCUCCUAAGCUUUUAGAGCUUGAUCAAGCCACUACAACAUCUUUUGGUAAAAAAAAUGAACUAUUCUAUUAUUUAUAUUUAAUAUUUGCAAAACAAGUGCUUUUCCUUUCCUACCAAUUUUAGCUAGCGUCGUUUGGU